UGGCGCUGCGGCCGCGCGCGAGGUCGUACGAGCCCUGCGAGGCCUGCGGCCACUGACCGCGCUCUCGCGGCGGGCCGCGGCCGCGCCGCCCCGCGGCGCCUCCGAUCUCGAGGGCCCUGCCGCGGCCGGCGCGGCCGCUCUGCGCGCUGCUCGGCGCGCCGCUCGGCGCCACGGCCCUGCGCCAGGGCUCGGCGUUGGCCCCGCCAGGGCUUUGGCGCUCUCGGCGCCAGGGCUCGCCCUGCCACGGGUCCUGAGCGCCUCGGCGCCGGAGCGGAGGGGGUGUCGAGAGGGGCCCUGGCUCCUCGGGGGCGAGUGGUAAUUAAGAAUUCGACCGCUGCACGGAAUUAGCUCGCUUGCUGGGUGGGACUGGCUCCCACGCUGCUGGUGACCCUCGUGUGCGGGUUGGAGCUCCCAUUACGCUUUUCCCCCAGCGAGGCUAGAAACACCAGCUUUGAAUACACCGCGAAUCCGAAUCCGCCGUCUUCCGCUUACUCUGCUCGCGCGUCGCUAGAGACCGACAUUGAAUAAUUGAAAUAGUGGAGGCCCCGUUCCUAGGUUUCCACCCAGCUUUUGAAAGCUCGUGUGCCUCUGUGCUCUCCUCUGUUGCUAGUCUUCGGAGAAUCGCAGCGCGCAGUGCAUGGGCUGAGUCAUUGUGCAGUGCGAACCGCGGGGAGGAUGGUGCGAGUUGUUGUGCAGAUUCGGACAGUCGUCUGGUCGCUGCGCUCUCUGAGACCGUGUGCUUACACGGGUCUGUGGGCGUAUCUUUGUCUGCGCAUUCUUGUAUCUCCCCAGGUUUCCAGAUGCUCUCCGCAUGCCAUUCACAUCCUCGGUGGUUCGCCAGUUGCCGGAUGACCAGAAAGC